GCACGCUUACAAGCCUACGGUCAAGAUAGGAUUUCCUGCUUUGCAGGUCAUGAAUAAUGCAGCAUUAGAGGGUGCGACUCUCCUCGAAAGAGAGCAAAAGAAAAGGAUAUGUCUGAAAGAGCUGCAGAGGGAAGGAGAAAGAGCAACACACAAGAAAGAGGCUGGAGGAUUAUGGAGGAGGUGGUGAGGAAGCGACCAAUCAUCUCUGCUAAGGAAAGAGGCCCCGGCCCUGGACGCUAUGCACUGCCCCCAACUGUUGGAUACAUUAACCAUGAUUUCACCAAACCCAACAGCCCAGCAUACUCUUUUCAUGGCCGCAUGAGCUCUGCCAUGAUCUCUAUAGACUCCAGCCCUGGACCGAGGUACUAUAUUGGGGGCAAUAUUACCCGGUUUGGCCGCACAGAGACACCAUCCUACUCUAUUUCAGGGAGAGGCAGACGAAUCAGGAAGAAAGAUGAGCUUUUCCAGACACCGGGACCAGGGGCCUACAGCCCAGAGAGGGCUCCCCCAUUGAACGGUCACCGGAGACCUCCUUCCUACACAAUUGGAGAACGGACCAGAUACCGAACCGUGGACCCUGUACCGGCACCAAACAGCUACACUCUUCCUGACCUGCUGGGUCCCCAGAACCCUCACAAGCCCGCCAGCGCCAGCUACAGCUUCUCAGGUCGUAGGACAAUUGGCGGUCCCUCUGAGGAUCUCUCCAAAACACCGGGACCCGGACAGUACAGAAGCAUCGACCCGGACAUCUACAGGCAGCGGCAGCCUUGCUUCUCUAUGCAGAGCCGGACUAAGAGGCAGAGUUCCUCCUCUGUUGCUCCAGGUCCGGGUACCUAUAGCCCAGAGAAGACCUACAGGCACCUCCACAAGUCCCCGUCUUUCACUAUGGGCAUCAGGCACUCUGAGUUUGUCACCCCACUCGUGGUGAAUGUGAAGGAUUGACCAGCCACACAUUGAAAAUACCUCAUGGAUUUGUUUUUAUUCAUUUGAUUAACAACUUAAAUAAAUAGGACUUCUGCUCUGUACAGAUUUAAUUGGUAAAAUUUAUCAUAAAUAAAACUUAACAUCAACAACUCUCGCUUGCAUUGUCUCU